AGCAAAAUGAAGCGAGAGAGAGAGACAUGUCCCGGGAGCGGGAGAAAUAAUCGCCCUUUGUGUGUGUGCGUCUGUGACUAAUUAACCACGCACAUACACCCUUCAAUGCAUUUUCAGUGUUCAAUAAACCUCUUUGAUUGACGUUUACCGCCUGAUCCACUCCUGUGUUCUAACCGACACACCAAGAGGAAGGCUAAAGAAAUUAGAACCACCUCAGAAUACAAUCCUAGUUAAGCUUCUCAACAAUAACUUUCGAAAAGAGUGUAUGCAUUUGACACACUAAAAGUGUCAAGCUCUACCAUGGGUAGAGAGUUUCUAGCUGAGUCUCUAGAUUUUACUAAACAACUAAGGAAAAUGGUUUGCAAGUUUGUUUUGUUCUCUUUGUGCUGGUGGCGUUUGACUGGUGUGUUUGGUGAGUCAGUGUCAGUGAUGGAGGGAGAUUCUGUAACUCUGAACACUGAUGUUACUGAAAUACAUGAAGACGAUGAUAUUCUGUGGAAAUUUGGAGCUGAAAAGUCUGUCAUAGCUCAAAUCAAGAGAGAGAACCAAAUCUUCCGUGAUGUGAGAUUCAGAGACAGACUGAAGCUGAACAGACAGACUGGAUCUCUGACCAUCACAAACAUCAUAAUUGAACAUGCUGGACUCUAUGAAGUAAAGAUUAGUGGAGUGAAACGGUCAAUAAAAACAUUCAGUGUUUCUGUCUAUGCUCGUCUGCCCACUCCUAACAUUACCAGAUAUUCUUCACAAAAUAUUUUGUCAUCAUCAUCAUCACAGCAGAAUUGUUUAUUGCUGUGUUCAGUGUUAAAUGUGAGUGAUGUGAGUCUCUCCUGGUACAAAGGAAAGAGUUUAUUGUCCAGCAUCAGUGUGUCUGAUCUCAGCAUCAGUCUCUCUCUACCUCUGGAGGUGGAAUAUCAGGAUAAAAACACCUACAGCUGUGUGAUCAACAAUCCCAUCAGCAACCAGACCACACAUCUGGACAUCAUUCAAAUCUGUCAUAUUCGCUCAGACGAAUACAGUCAGAGUAUCAUUAAAAUGUGGCCUGGGUCUUUCAAGCCUAAUAAUGACUGAAUGGUGGUUGAUAUUUUGAAAGCAAAAUCAAAUGCAUCCAUCCAUCAUAAAAAGUGCUCCAAACUGCUCCGGUGGCUUAAAAAAGGCCUUCUGAAAUGAAUCGAUGUGUUUGUGUAAGAAUAAUAUCCAUUUUUAAAACUUUGUAAACUGUAAUUUCAAACUUCUGCUAACUGUCGUACACACAUUCAGGAGAGAGUGGCAUUCCAGCAGAUGAUGUAGGAUGUAGGCAUAGCAUAAGCUCAGGUUAGAACAUGCUAAUCUCGUGAGAACCAUGUUUUGUUUACAGAAAAGGAAAACCAGUCUCCUGUUGGCUUAUCAAAUCAAAUCAAAUCACCUUUAUUUAUAUACCGCCUUUAACAAUACAGAAUUGUGACAAGGCGGCUGUACAGUAUUAAAUAGGAAAUAGUACAUCAACAAUGCAAAGGGCAACAGUAAACACUCAAUUUUUAGGUAAAGGUAGUUAAUCAAAUACAACAAAAUAAAAUAUUGUGUGAAGAUAAAGUGAAGAUAAAGUGUCCCCAACUAAGCAAUCCAGAGGCGACAGCGGCAAGGAACCAAAACUCCAUCGGUGACAAAUGGAGAAAAAAAACCUUGGGAGAAACCAGGCUCAGUUGGGGGGACGUUUUGUUCACAUUUAUUCCCUGCCAUGUCUUGUUUUUCUCUUCACUAGUUGUAUCACGUGUAUUUUCAUAUAGAAAUUAUAAAUGUUGAUCCCACCCUUCUGUGCUCUUUUAUGUGUCAUUUACUGCUUAUGUUUUAUCCUUAUGUAUCCUUAUUUUAUCUUAUGUAGAAUAUGUAUGCAUGCUUAUGUUUUAUGCUUAUGUAGAAAAUGUAACUAAAUGUCGGGUGCUUUGCAGUAUCACACACAAUAAACAAAUUCGGCACAAGCACA